AUGGAGCCUGAGGACUUUGAUUCCGAGGAAAAAGAGAUGUUAAGCUGGGAUAUUAAUGAUAUGAAGCUGCCACAGAACGUGAAAAAGACCGACUGGUUCCAGGAGUGGCCAGAUUCCUACGAGAAGCACAUCUACAGCUCAGAGGACAGGAAUGCGCAGCGGCACCUGAGCAGCUGGGCCAUGCGCAACACCAACAACCACAACUCGCGCAUCCUCAAGAAGUCCUGCCUGGGCGUGGUGGUGUGCAGCCGUGACUGCUCCGCCGAGGAGGGGCGCAAGAUCUACCUGAGACCGGCCAUCUGCGACAAAGCCAGGCAGAAGCAGCAGAGGAAACGCUGUCCCAACUGUGAUGGGCCUCUCAAGCUGAUUCCUUGCCGAGGCCAUGGGGGCUUCCCGGUCACCAACUUCUGGAGGCACGAUGGACGCUUCAUAUUUUUCCAGUCAAAGGGAGAACACGAUCAUCCCAAGCCAGAAACCAAGUUGGAAGCUGAGGCAAGAAGAGCAAUGAAGAGGGCACAGAUGGCAUCCUCCUCUGUCUCCUUAAAGCUGAAGGGGAGCCCAGAGACAAAGUCUCUUCCAGGUGAAACACAAAGUUGGGGAAGUUUACCUUUAACUUGGUCUAUCCAGGAAGGCAUCCAAUUGCCUGGUAGUUACGGUGGACGUUUAAUAGCUAACACUCCCCAGCAGAAGUCACUGAAUGAUUCCUUAUUCUUCUCCAAGAGUUAUUGUUUGGGGGGAACCACUGAUCUGGUAGACCCUGCUUCUACCUUGGGCCCCACUAAACUCUAUGAGAAAUGCAAAUUGUCCAGUAGUUGGAUUUAUAAUAGUGGGGACCUGCUUCAUCCUGUUUCUGGAGUCUUCUCUGACUACGAUGAUCGGCAAACGUGGAAUAAAAACACUGCUUUGGGGAGAAAUUCUCUUAAUGACAAUCGUUGUCCCAAUUAUCCUUUUGCUUUGACCAGCUGGCCUUAUGAUUUCUCCCCUUCUCAGAACUCUUCAGAACCCUUUUCCCAGCAGAUUCCCGUGGAACCACCUGCAGCCGAAAGUAGCUGUCACCCACUAUGGCCAAAUCCAGGGGGUGAUCUUUACGAAGAGAAGGUGCAUGUGGAUUUUAACAGCUGCUACCCUUCCACCACAUGCCACUCACGUCAGGAAGACCCCUUUCUCCUCACCUAUACCCCCCACCCCCACCAUCAAUAUUCAUUGACAGGCAAGAGCAGCGAGUGGGAUUUUAAUGAAGAAAUGAGGGGCAUGGGUUUGGAUCACUACAACAAUGAGAUGCUUCUAAACCUUUGUCCUUUAAGAUGA